UUUUGACGUUUCUUAUUUGCAUUUCCAUACGCACAGAGUUGUUUUGAUUAUUGCAUAAACGUUUCUCGUUUGCAUUUUUCCUCAAGAAUAGUGAAUUAAGACAAACUAAAUAGGCAGAUAUGGCAUUGAGGCAAUUUUUAAGUUUGUCCAACAUAGCACAAACUAUUACGAAACGCUCCGUCCACCAGAGCGCUACAUUAUUCAAGGUGGAAAGUCGAAAGUCCAUGCUCGCCUCAUUACCAAAACCAGACGAGGGAACGGUUGGUGAACGCACGGUCGACAUUGACUCCAUAAUCGCCGACAAAGAACGAUUCUUCCCUAACGAGCACACGCCAACCACACUCUUCGGUGGUGUUGCGUUUAGUGAGAUUCCUGUGUGCAAUAUUCGUGUUUCGCCUAACAACACGAUUAUAUCCAUUUGCGAUGCCAAAGGUGUACCUCAGUUCAUCCGCUCCUGUGGCAUCGAAGGCUUCAAAAAUACCCGCAAAGGGACUAAUAUAGCAGCACAAGCGACCGCAAUUAGCAUCUGCCAGAAAGCCAUCGAGCGAGGCUACAAAACGGUGCGUGUUACGGUACGAGGAUUAGGGCCGGGCAGAAUGUCGGCCAUUAAAGGGGUUGAAAUGGCUGGAAUGAACAUUAUUUCAAUAACAGAUACAACCCGCGUGUCUUGGAAUCCACCACGGCCAAGAAAGCAAAGGAAACUAUAAAAGGUCACACAUAUUGCGUCUGCUCCGAUAAAAUAUAGUGAUAAAAAAGAG